ACAUGUGCAAACCGACGAGAGUCGCGACUCAUGGAGAAAAUUUUAGCCCUCAUAGCUGUAUCUCUUGGAAAAAAAGUUACUGUAUAUGCAGUGGGAAGGUACUAUGGAUUCCCAAGACUUUAUAGAAGAUUUGCAGAAUUCAACAGAAGAGUAACAUCUAACAGACAGACCCUUAGGAGAAGACAAGAAGCCAUGAAGUUUGUGUUCAGAGUUCCAAACAAAAUCUUAGCAUUUUUCCGGAGAACAAAGAGCACAAGAUGACAAAGAACACAUGAGAAAAUUGUGAAGAAUAGCCUGGAAUGUAAUUGUAUGCAGAAGCAUCUUAGCAGUUCUCAUAGAGGAUCUGUUCAUUGUUUCAAUUUGUAAAUAUACAUGCAGCUGAAUUUCUCACCUCUGUUUGCCUCCAUUUGGUCAGAGUACAUGACAUGUACAAGUCAGAUGUCUCCUAGUGAGUAUUAUGAUGAAUGUGAGAGGCCCUAUUUGAUAUGGGUAUUCAUACUGCCUUGUAUACUUUCCUGGUUCAUGAAAUUCAAAAUAGUUUUUUUUUGUUCAAAAUUUUAACUUUAGUUUGGAUCCUAUGAUGUUUUUCGCAUUUGCCCUCAAAAAAUGAUUUAAAAAAGGUUUAAUUUGCAUAGAGUAUACAUGUUUGCAUUUUCCAUAAUGCCUUUUACAAAGGUUGUCAGGGGAGGGGAGGGGGAAUUUGGAGACACUCACUCAAAAGCACAUGGUGUAGGAAAUAUUAAAAAUGGGUAUACGAGUAUAUGGGUACCAUUAACAACAGGCAAAAACAAAAUUCUGCUACUUAGACCAAAAGUUAUUUUUGCCACUGCAGAGGCAACAAAACUAUUAAAUAGUGAGUUGAUUAAAUUAUUUUUCUGUGCUUUGGAGAGAUUCUCAAAUACUGUCAAUUUGAGGCAAAGGAAAGGAAGGGGAAGGUAUAAAAACUAUUUGAUCACUGUUUGCACAUAGGAUCUGUCAGAAUUGUUUCUUGUUUGUGUCUUUUAUUAAAACACCAGUUGGAUUCAUGAUGGUCAUUGAACUGAGUGGUGCAAUUCAGUCUGACAUCAUUUUAGUGAUUUCAAACUCAAACAAGUGUACAGUGCAAGUUUGAUUUGAAAUCACUAGUUUGAUUUCAGACCAAAAUUGCACCACAUGAAGUUCAAUUACCUUUUUAUGACAUCUAUGUUGAAAUCGCAAAAUUUGGUUGCUCAAAUACAGGAUUUUCUUAUUCUGUAUAAAUAUUUUAUCUAUCCAGUAUUGAGCUGGUUUGUAAAAAGUUG